UUGCAAGGGUGAAGCAGAAGUAAAAGAAAAAGAAAAAGACGACAGCCUCGAGUAAACUUCCCCCUCUGUUGGCCCUUCCCACUGACCUAAGCAAUGUGCGCAUUUUUAAGGCUGCGAAAAAAAAAACAACAAAAAAACAAAACGGUACGUGCAGCAAAGGACGGGGAGGGGGUAGACCGUGCGCUGAGGGUUUCCCCCGCUGUUGCGAGCAGCAGCCGCAGGUCCUCUUGAAUGAAAGAAUUGUUCACUCCGCGCCGGUGACCAAUAACUUCUCUUCUCUCUGCGGUCCAUGUUUGACGCGUCACAGCCGGGGCGCGCCCACACCGCACACAUCUCACAGCGGAGUUAUGCUUGGAUGGGCUCACGGAAAGACAACACAUGCCGCAGGAAAAAGUAGGAGCCUUUGCAGGAGAAGUCACGGACGAGGCCCAGCAGCAGAAGCGGAGGCUAAAAAGAAGGCUAAGUUAGCAGUCACUUUCAUCCGGGAGCUGGAGCACUUUUCCCCCCAUCCAAAUACUUGUAAAAGGAAGCGCCGCACUUUUUUUUGUUAGGGUUAGUCGGGACACACCCGGUCUUAACUUCAACAAAGGAAGUGAAUAAUCGGAAAGAGGCACAAGACAGGCAACUUAAUCCUUUCGGAGGACGACCCGGAAUAAUCACAAGGAGGGUGAGCAAUGGAUGCAUCCGCUGAGGACUACGGGAAUUACAGCUAUGAAUAUGACCUGGAGUAUGGCGACUUGGAAGAGCUUGAGGUUGGACACAAGCAGAGCGAAACUACACACAUUAUCUCAGUGGUCAUCUACAUUAUAUCCUUUGUGCUCGGCCUGAUUGGAAAUGGAACUGUGAUCUGGGUGACGGCAUUCAAAAGCAAAAAGACUGUCAACAGCACCUGGUUGCUCAAUCUAGCCAUGGCAGACUUUGUAUUCGUGCUCUUUCUACCCUUCUACAUUGACUACAUCCUGAGGGACUUCCACUGGCACUUUGGUGUGGCCUUGUGUAAGAUUAACUCAUUUGUGUCUGUGAUGAACAUGUUCGCCAGUGUGCUCUUCCUCACAGUGCUCAGCAUAGACAGAUAUGUCUCUCUGGUGCACCUCAACUGGUGUCAGAGGUAUCGCACCGUAGAGAGAGCCUGGGUCGUGUGUGGGUGCAUAUGGGUGCUAGCUGCUGCCUUGAGCUGCCAGGCGCUGAUUUUUCGCGACACCAUGCGCUUGCACAACAAGGUGGUGUGCUUCAACAACUUCCACACAGGGGACGGACACACAGCAGCCAUGAGGCAUAUUAUAAUAGUGGUCAUUCGCACCACGGUGGGAUUCUUCUUGCCUUUUACUGCCAUAUGUGUGACGGGAAUACUCCUGACAAUCAAAGUGAAUCAAUCCGGGGGUUCAGUCCGCCUGUCCAGCUUCUCCAAAACAGUCUCUGCUGUCAUCCUGGCCUUCUUUUUAUGCUGGGCACCUUUUCAUACUUUCAGCUUGAUGGAGUUGACUAUACACUCCUCAGCAUACCUACACAACAUUCUGAAAGCUGGCUUUCCUCUCGCCACCAGCUUAGGUUUUUUCAACAGCUGCAUCAACCCCCUGCUGUACAUACUCCUGGGCAAAAAGGUGCGUCAUAUCCUCAAGCGUGCAUGCUUUGACUUAACCAAGAGUUCACUGAGAGAGCUCAGCCAGUCAAUCUCUGCCACUGAGACGGAGUCUGUGCCAGGAGUUCAACAGGACGGUGUCCCAGAGGAGCCUGUGGCAUCAUCAACUCUAUGAUUACAACCAUCCUCAGACUGUAGUCGUUUUCCAUGAAAUGCAUGAGGGUAAGACUAUUACUUAAGCUUAAAUGUGGGGGACUACCAUAGUUGGUCUUUCCAAGUGUAGUGUUAAGAUUUUCCUAUUUUGUUACAUUUGGACAGAGUCGUGUGUAAUUACUCUGAAUGGAAAAGUUGAGCAAAGUGUGUAUAAUGUGUACGAGAGAUAUUAUCUUUCCAUGUAUUAUAUAAUAUAUCAAUUUGAAGAGAAAGAGGCAAGAUAAAAUUAAAAGCUGGAACAGUCACUUAGUUGAUCAACAGAUGAUUAAAACUAAUCUGAUAACCAAUUAGGUGUUCCUUUUCCUUUGGAAAUAAAAAUCUUAAGCAUUGUCUGGUUCCAGCUUCUCAAAUUGUGAGAAUCUGUUGCUUGAAGUUCUUUUUCUUCGAUGAUUUAAGUAUAACAUGAACGUCUUUGUGUUUUGGACUGUUGCUCUCAAUUUGCAAUGAAAAUGUUUCACUAUUGUUUAUCAUUUUAUGGACACUGACCGAUUAGCCGAUGAUGACAGUAAUUGUUAUUAGCUUUCAUCAAAUGCAAAUGUUUCAUUGUACUCAUGAAGCAUGACGUCUUUAGUUUUAAAAGAUGAGAUAUGUUGCAUAUACUGUAUCUAUUUGUAGUCUGAUAGUAUUAUGUGUUAUACAGUUUUAUACUGGCUGCUAGUCACUUAUUAAUGUAUUGUAAGAUUUUUAAACUAGUUGAGAGUUGUAUAAAUGUUAUAUUCUAAUAUAUUACAAAUGCCUAGCAUAAAUUUCAAUAAAUGUAUUUCUCUGUACAUCUGC